AUGGAUAGAGCUCUUCCUCGUCAUCUUGAUGCUGACGAGUAUGCCCGCUUGAGCAAACGUGUCGUGCUCAAGUUCGACCUCCUGCUUCUCCCCUUCUUGUGUUUACUGUUCUUGCUUAAUUCUCUAGACAAAUCCAACGUCGGAAAUGCAGAGUCUGGCCAUUUUACUGAAGACCUCGGAUUGCCCAAGGCCGCUCUGAAUGUUUCCGUAGCUUGGUUCUUUGCUGUCUUCGUGUCUUGUCAGCCGAUCGGCGCCUUCUUCGGUCGCAAAUAUGGUAUGGCACGAUGGGUCCCCGCUACCAUGGGCCUUUGGGGAGUCUGUACGGCGCUUCACGUUGCUGUGCAGUCUCAGGCUCAACUAGUCACCUUGAGAGUCCUUAUUGCGGCACUAGAAUCCGGCUUCUAUCCUACUGUGGUUAGCUAUCUAAGUUUGUGGUAUACUCGCUACGAGUUUGGCAAGCGCUUGGCUUUCUUCUACGGGCAAGCAGCUCUCGCUGGCUGCUUUGGAGGACUUCUGUCCUGGGUUGUGUUCAGUCAUUUUCCUCACGAUGACCCAAAUCCUCAUGUUGCUGUGAAGAAGUGGAGGAGUUGGGAGGUUCUGUUUCUUAUUGAAGGCUCCUUGACGAUCCUAGUGGCAUUCGUUGGGUCCUUCUGGCUUCCUCACAGCGCCAAUACAGCCUGGUUUCUGACUGCCGAUGAACGCCUCGUUGCAGAAGAGCGCAUUCGUAAGGAUCAGAUUGCUGCAGCCAGUUCGUGGACCAACCCAAACAAUCAAUCAAGUCUUGACAUCCAAGAUUCAACACCAUUCACCCGAUCUGGACCACGCUCAUCUCUAACAUUGGAGGACGAAGAGGCUGACUUCUUACUCCCUGGUGCUGAAGUUACGCAACCAUCGACUCGUCGACCGAGCCACGUCUCGGUCGUAUCCAUCACAGCUGAUAGUGGGGUUUCUCGCGAAGACAUCUUCUCUGCUGUGGCCGAUUGGAAAGUCUGGUACCUCCUGUUCUGUAACAUCUUGUCCGCCAUCCCAGCCACUGCAUUUUCGGUGUUCCUUCCGCUCGUCAUCAAAGGCAUCGCUGGGCGGGAUGACCUGGGACCAGCCGCUAUAAACCUGCUUGUAGUGCCUCCGUUCUUGGCUGGUGCAAUCAUCCUAUGGAUAUUCACUUGGUGGUCUGACAAAAACCGGACUCGUCUGAUUCCAAUCUUGUAUGGAUUGGCAAUCCUUCUCGCUGGUCUAGCUGCCACCGUGGCGCUGCCGACACGCGCCUACAAACUUCGGUACUUGGCCUUGACUGUUCUCUUAUCUGGUUCCUUCGUAGCUUCGCCUCUGACAGUGACCUGGCUGAGCAAUAAUAUACCCCAGCCUGGCAAGCGUGCGAUCGUCCUGGGUAUCAAUGGGUGGGGGAACUUUGCUGGAGUCAUCUCAAGCAUGCUCUUUGCUCCCAGAUUUGCCAAGGACGGCUACAUCAUUCCUUUUUAUGCGACCCUCGUCUGCGUUCUAACUGCAUUCGUUGGCUACCUUGCUUUUAGGGCUUUGCUUGUCACGGAGAAUCGCAGACGAGAACGAAUUGUGGCAGAUUGGGACGAUGACGAAGUGAGGCGCGAGGCAAUGUUUGGAGACGGUGCUGUGGUCGAGCAGAAGAACUUCUGGACACUCAUCACAAGAGCCUGCAGGUUCGAUAAGUUGCGUGAUUGGGCAGAGAUUGAUAGGGUACGGCGUGGAGACGAGAAGCUUACCUUCGUGUAUAGUCUUUAG